UGUAAAUUAAUAGCAAAAUUGGAAAGAACUUGGGAAUUUAAAUUAAAUAAAGAAUUUAAGAAAAAAGUUGGGAUAAAAGAACUUAAUAAAAUUGAACCAGUUUUGUAUUGUAUUAUGCUAGAUUUGAUAAAAAGAAUGAAUGGAAUAGUUGAUUUUAAAUGUAAAAUUAAAAAUGUGAAAAAUGAUGAGUUAUUAAAGGUAGGAAUUGAUAAAAUAGAAUUUUUUGGGAGAUAUGGGAAAUAUUUUUGACAAGAAAUAUCGAAAUUUUUGACUUUAAACCCGCUCGUGUUACCCUAUUCAAAACAGAAGGAAAACUGCCGUAUUGAGAAUAUAAAUUAAAUUCUGAUACUGUAGCGAGGUAGAAGCUCUCCCAGAAAAUGCCAGAGAUUGUAUGCGACAUACCCUACGACCUCUCCAAUGCAUUAUUGUUAACCUCUCAACCAUCCCAUCACCUAGAGAUCGUUUUCAUUUUGAUUUUUUACUAGCUGGGAGGAAACUUGACAGGUCUUACAAAAAUUUUUAUUCACAGAUGAGACGCCAGCUUCAUCUUGAAGCAUUUUCUACUACACUUUUGGAAGAAAAUAAGCAUUAUGAAGAAAACCAAUAUAAAAUUGUUCGAAUAAUUUUCGAAUUAAAUAAAGAAAAUACAAUUAAUUGGAUAAAUAAAAUAUCAAAACGGUUAGGGGAACUGAAGAAAAUAAGAGAGCAAUUGAAUUUAGACAACCCUGGACUAAAAGAAAAUUUUUAUUUGAAUCCAGAAGGCUUCCAACCAAUUGAAAUAUUUGAAAGUAAACUCGAUCACGAUUCCUUAGAUUUUUUGGAAAUAAAAAAGGACGAGGAAAUUAUUAAAAAAGCAAUGGAAACAUUAAUUAAAAUUAUAAAUAAAUGGAAGUCUAAAAAUGGGGUUAAAGACAAAUUUAAAAUUACAGGAAAUUACGAGUUUGGUAUUUGGUUAAUUGAAGAUGUUGAAAUUAAUGUUGUAUUUGAUGUCGAUUUAGUUGAAAAAUAUUUUGGUUCAGAAAAGUCUAUUUGUGAACCUCUUAUUUCGCAAAAUUGUAAAGACAAUUCGCUCUAUUGUUUUUUAUGUAAAGAACAUUUUGAGGAUUUAGAGGUUUUUAAUAUUUUUAGUUUAUAAUAGGAUAGCUCCCCGAGCCUUUGGGGCUGAUGUAUCGGGGUUGGGGUUUGCUGGGGUAGAGCCUUCGGGUUUAGGGUCGGGGUUUUUGGCAAAAAACAGUCAGGGUUUUGGGUGUCGGGCUGGGGUUUUAUACCCGGACGAGCGUGUGCGUCGGAUGAUCGAGGUUUGU